AUGAGCAGUUCCACAUUGACUACUGCCCUUCAACUGGCAACAGCUUCUGUUGUCGCCGCUGCUGCCAAUAACUCCUCCUCUGUUGAGUCAUUGGACACUUAUUAUGGGAUGAUUCCUUCUAAAGGUGGUAAUAUGGCGUUUGCCAUUUUAUUUGGGAUCGCGGUAAUGGCACACAUUGGACUCGGAAUAUGGUACAAACAAAGAUGGAUUGGGGUGGCAUUCUUCUUUGGGUUGGGACUAGAAAUUAUCGGGUACGCUGCCAGAACAAAAGCCCAUGAUGUUCCGAAUGGACAGGAUGAAUUUUUGGCACAAAUCAUUUGUUUAACAAUUGCCCCAUGUUUCGUUAUGGCCGCUUAUUAUUACCUACUUGCGAAAUUCGUAAUUAUUUACGGGCAAAGAUUCUCAUUCUUCCCACCAAUUUAUUAUUCUUAUUUGUUCAUCACUUGUGAUAUCGUUUCCCUUGUGUUACAGGCUGCCGGGGGUGGCCUGGCGGCGAUCUCCAUGGAAAAUAACCAGCCAACAGAUUCAGGAACUCAUAUUAUGGUUGCCGGUUUAGCUUUUCAAGUGGCCACCAUGACAGUAUUCCUAUUCUUUUGGUUCUAUUUCUUCAAUAACGUUUAUUUUGUAUCUUCUAAAGAAGGGGACUACUCGCAUCACAAAUUGACGAUCAAGAACUUCUUCGAUACUGAUUACAAAGAUGAGCUUUUUAGUCCUCAAUACGUGGAAAUCAGAAAAAGCAAAUUAUUCAAAUGGUUCCCGUUUAUCGUGCUUCUCGGUACAAUUGCUAUCUAUACCAGAUGUAUUUAUAGAGUCAUUGAGUUGGCCCAAGGCUGGAACGGUUUCUUGAUCACGCAUGAGAAUUACGUGUUUGUCCUUGAUGGUAUGAUGAUUUUGUUAGCGGCUUACGUCUUGAUCCCACCAUUUUAUCCAGGGUUUAUCUUUGGAAGAAACACUAAGGUUGUUGUUCCAAAGUCCUUAAAGUUGAGUCUGCAAAGACGGGGGUUGAAUGAUGAUCAACAACAAAUCAAUAAUAACACUAAACUGGCACUUACCGAAGGUAGUGAUAGCGAAGUUCCAGAAGAUGUGUAG